UCCAUCAUUUUGGAUGAAGACGACGUCGACGGUUCUCGGCGAGCAGUACUACGAUUUUUGAGGCCGCCGAAAUUUAGGGUUCCGACGAGCGCUGUUUCUCGACAAAGAGCAGCGAUGGAGAGCGUUCUCGCGACCGCCGCGGCCAUCACGGACCAGCGGCAAAAGAUUGAGCAGUAUAAACUCAUCCUCGCCUCCGUCCUCUCCUCCUCGUCCACUGAUGUCACCCAGGCCAAGCGUUUCAUCGAUCACAUGGUGUCGGAUGAGGUUCCGCUGAUGGUAUCGAGGCAGUUGCUACUGACGUUCGCACAGGAGUUGGGAAGGCUUGAGACGGACGUUCAGAAGGAGAUCGCUCACUAUGGUCUAGCUCAAAUUCAACCCAGGGUUGUGUCUUUUGAGGAACAGGUGCUAAUCAUCAGAGAGAAACUAGCUGAACUCUAUGAAUCUGAACAACAAUGGUCAAAAGCAGCACAAAUGCUGAGCGGGAUUGAUUUGGACUCUGGAAUUAGGAUGCUUGAUGAUACCUAUAAGCUCUCCAAAUGUGUUCAAAUUGCUCGCCUUUAUCUUGAGGAUGAUGAUGCUGUUAAUGCAGAGGCUUUUAUUAAUAAAGCUUCUUUUCUAGUCAACAAUAGCCAGCAUGAAGUGCUAAAUUUACAAUACAAGGUUUGUUAUGCUAGGAUAUUAGAUUUGAAGCGGAAGUUUCUUGAAGCUGCACUUCAUUAUUAUGGUAUUUCCCAGAUUGAACAACGUCAAAUUGGAGAUGAGGAGAUUGAUGAGGAUGCAUUGGAGCAAGCUCUCAGUGCUGCUGUGACGUGCACGAUAUUGGCUGCUGCUGGACCCCAACGGUCCCGUGUUCUUGCUACCUUAUACAAGGAUGAGAGAUGCUCAAAGCUGAAAAUUUAUCCCAUUUUACAGAAGGUGAAUCUUGAGAGAAUUUUGAGGAAACCGGAAAUUGAUGCAUUUGCUGAGGAACUGAAAGCACACCAGAAAGCUCUUUUACCAGACAAUUUUACUGUGCUGGAUCGUGCAAUGAUUGAGCAUAAUCUUCUGAGUGCCAGCAAAUUAUAUACAAAUAUAAGUUUUGAGGAGCUAGGAGCUUUAUUGGGUAUUCCUCCUCAAAAGGCUGAAAAGAUAGCAGCUAGAAUGAUCUACGAAGAUAGAAUGAGAGGAUUAAUCGACCAGGUUGAAGCUGUCAUAUAUUUUGAGGAUGAUACGGAGGAGUUGCGACAAUGGGAUCAACAGAUUGCAGGUUUAUGUCAAGCAUUUAAUGAUAUACUUGAUGGUAUGACAAGCAAGGGCACACCAGUUCCUGUUUGAAAUAUAUGCCUCGUCGAGAAUUUAAUUGGUACAUACGAUUGGGGUAAUUCGAGUUUUUGGAACUUAUCAUACAUGAAUCAUCUGUGUAUAGCGAGUGACAAAAUUGAGGAUUUCCUCCCACUUAUAUGAAAUAAAUAUAGAGUACUUCGAAUUAUUAUUA